UUUGCACUCGAAAAAUUGCUCACUGGAUCAUUUUAUUUCGAAAUUUCGACUCGAAAAAUUUUCGCUAUAUUAUUUCGAAAUUUCGAUUUUCUAUUUAUUUUUUUUUUUCUAUUUGAUUACGUCAUUGGUCAAGUAGUUGUUAGCACUACUUGUAGAUAGCACUACUCGAAUAUUUCAUGAGUAAAAAUAAUAAUAAUAAAACAGUUUGACAAUCACAACAACAAUAACAAUAACAUGAAAAGUCAUAACAAAAAAUCAAAAUAACCUAGGUCAAAAAAACACAUUUCCCAUGUUUAUUUUAAUUUUAAUUUUUGCAAAUAAUUAUAGUAUUAAUUGACAAUGUUUUGUCAAAGAUUAAUCACUAAAUUAACACUGACAUUAUUGAUAGGUACAACUUUAAUAAUAGGUGACAAAAUUGAAGAAAAUUUAUUAUUUCCUUUUCAUCGUGCAUUUUGUGAUAAUUUUAUUCAUGCAAUUGUUGCAUUAUUUUCCUGGACAUUGAUAAUCGUUUUAUCAAAUGCUUCAAUUAUCAAUAAUAUCAAUGACAUUUUUCUAUGUACAUUGUUAUCAUCAUUAAUUGACCUGGAUCAUUUUAUUGCUGCUAAAAGUUUAACAUUAAAUAAUGCAAUUCGUUUGGAUAAACGACCAUUUUUACAUUCAACAACAAUACCAAUUUUAAUUUGGGCAUUAUUAUUAUUUAUUUCACAUAUAUUAAAAAGUACACAAAUAAAUAAUUAUGCAUGGAUUAUAUUGACAAGUUUUUUAACACAUCAUAUACGUGAUGGAGCAAGACGUGGUUUAUGGUUUGCUCCAAUUGGAUCAACAAAGCCAAUUCCUUAUCAUGUUUACAUCUUGACAAGUAUUUUUCUUCCAUAUAUUAUUUAUUAUUUAUUAUCAGUAUCAAAAAAUUAUAUUACUAUCAAUCAAUUACGAUUACCCAUAUGAAUUUAUCAGCUAAAUUAAAGCAGAAAAAAAAUACAAAACAAAGUACAAAAAA